AUGGAUCGAAACAAUCAGGGAGUCUGUGACUCAAGUCUGCUUAGCUAUCAAGAGCAAUUGAGACGUCAGAAGAUUCUCAAUUCAAUUGAGAACAAGGACUACUUAUUAAUCAUUGCCAGUCAACAGAAUAAAUCAGUUCAACAAGUAAAGUACGAACUAAUGGUUAAGCUUACAGAAAAUUGA